UCUGGUCCACAUUUAAAAGCACAUAUGUAUGUAUGUACUAGGAACUUUAUUUUGGCAACAACAAGAAUUGCAGAUUUUCUAUAGCGUCACAUGGAAUUGCGGGACACGAUGGACGCCAUCGAGUAAUAGACAUUAUUUUCUACUGGUUGACGACUCGAUGACGUUUUUGGUCGAGGGACACAGAGAAAUAUUAUUGGAUGUACUGUGAAGUGAUUAAUAUAAAAACACGACGCUACAAAGCAAGAUUACGUAUUAAGAAUUCCCAGUUGACAACUUAGAGAUGGUUAUCAAAUACCAGUUUUGCGCGAGACGAUAUUUCUCAUUAUCAAUCUUGUGAGGCAUUUAUACAUAACAAAAAUACACGUGUCCAAUUAUCAGGAUGCACCUGAAUUCCACUUUAUGAAAAGGAUCUGCUGGAUCAGUUUUAAUGUUAACCACAUUUAUAUAAAAAGGCGGUAUUUUAACUACUUUAAUUAUUCGGGAGAUACAAGUCGAAUAAAAUGGAAAAAUAUCAGCCUAUGAGAACAUUUAUAUCUGCGGUUGUCGAAUAUAUCAAACAUCCGAGUGAAACAAUUGCCUCAGUUUUACAACGAAAUCUUGGUGUAAUAAGCGUUUCAUUGGAUUUGAGCAUAUUCGACCCUGGAACCAGCGUAGCUGCAGAGUUUUAUGUCAGUCUACACGAGCUUAUGAAUUCUUUGGCAUCUAGGACUACCUUGAUCUGGAGCGCAGUCGAUGUUUUACAAAAUGCUUGUCGCAAUGCAGCUGCUAAACAAGCUCUUAUACACACCUAUAAAUUUGCACCCAUAUUGGCAAGAUUAUUGGAAGCUAAUUUAACAACUGAAAAAAGAAUAAGGGUAUUAAAAUUACUUCAAGAAUUGACGUAUGGGAUCAAAAUUUCUUGGCAAGAAGCUCAUUUACCUUAUCUAAUAUCCAUAUUAACUCAGUGGGCAACACAGUCCAAAGAAGAAGACAUUAUUGCUCUUUCGCUUGGGGUAUUAGUGAACCUUUGUUACAAAAAUCUACCAGCAGUAUAUACUUUAAUGAGAACAAUCGAUACAAAAGCAUUUAUGAGGACAUUGCUGAAACUGCAACACUGUAGUGUUAACAUCAAUGUACAGUGUUGCAAACUUUUAAUUAUAUUAGAGCAUACAAAUAUGAACAUCUCAGAAAAAUACAUUUUAGAUUUUGCUGCUGUUACAUUUAGCAGUCUUAUUACUGCAAUGAAACAGAGGGAUGUUCUUCUCCUCAGACAUGUCACAGACUUUUUCAAUGAUGUUGGGCAAAAUGAACAUUCUCAUUCUAUACUACUUACAUAUGUACAUUAUGGAAAGGACGUAGAAAAUGUGUUGUCUAUAUUAGAAGACAAUGCAGAUCCAGAAUGUGUUGCCCUUAUGAUGGAAUUUCUAGCAUCGUUAGUGAAGUUAAAAUUGUCUGCCUUAAUACCUUUAUAUCCUUUAUGUGUAAAGACUGCUAUGACAUGGGUUCCUGUAGAACAGGUGUGUUCUAAAGCAUUGACCUUAAUAAGAGUCACUGUAAUCGAAGCACGUCGUACAAAGACGUCGUCCGAAGUAUUAGCAGAACUAGAUGCUUCUGUAUUGAUGCUAAUCAUAAAUUCAGAAAAGAGUGGAAUUCAAGGAGUGCAGGAAUUGAGUUUAGAAACAGAAACAAGACUGGCAGAGUUAAUGCAAUUAUUUCAAGAAAUGGUUAAAACUCCUACACUUAGAACUAAAGUUAUGCAGUCCUUGAGUGAACAAACGAUAUACAAAUUAUUGAGUCCGUUGUUGGAUUCUGAAUCAUGUACAGCUGAUGAUUUUCCUGGAAAAUAUAUUCAGAAUCCUAAUACAAAUCUAUGUAUUCAUGCAUUAGCUUUAAUAGCUGAUUUGGCAGCUCAUAAUUCCAAUUGGUUAACAUUAUAUUCUGAAUUACUUCGAAAGAGACAAAUUCAAAUGACAAUGGCACAUGCGUUAUUUAUUGGCGAUACCGAUGUCAAGCAGAAAGUUUUACAGCUGACAUCUACCGUAGGAUUUCCUCAGGAAUGUGUUUCCACGGUAGCGUUCUGUAUGAAACAAUUAGAACCUCUGAUAUUGGUACAAAGUACUUCUGGUGUGGUAGCAAGCAUUGGAAGUAAAAUGUCCGUAAAUCCAAAUAGCGAAAUGGCUCCGCUUUUUUCUUUUGCACAAGAAGAACGCCUUGAUACUUUCUUAGCAAAAUUAACAAAUCAAAUGAGUGACAUCACUACAUCAGCAGUUAUGGAACUGUAUGAAUAUAAGUUAGCAGCAAUGAGACAUGCAGAACGUGCGAUGCAAUCCAGUUUGGAAGCAGCAAAUAAUCAUGGAAUCAGUUUGCAACAUAGACUUGCACAAGUAGUGGCUGAAUCAAGUCGUUUACAUCAAAUGCUAUUUGACACGCAACAAUGUUUGGAAGGUGUGAAGUCUACGUUAACUGUAAAACUUGCUGAAGCCGAGGAACAAAGUAAAAAAGCAAUGGCUAUUAAGAAACAGGAAAUUGAAGGAUUGAAAAAGAUAGUCGGUGAGAAGUCUACGAAGAUUGAACACCAAAAUGUAUUAAUAUCACAGUAUAAACAUGAAUUGGAUAGUAGUAUUAAUCGGAUGGAAGCAUUAACAAAAAAAAUAAAGGAAUUGGAAGCAGAAUGCGCAAAUGCGAAUACACGAACUACAGAAAUGGUCAAUAAAAAUCACGAGCUGAGUAAAGUUCUUCAUAAAAUGCAAGAUCAACUGAACAAGAAGGAACAGAUGAUAGAAUUGAAACAUGCGGAGAUACAAUCCAAUCAGAAAGAUAUUUCUGCUCUUAAACAAGAAACACAACAGCUAUCACAAUUAGUACAUACAUAUGAACAGACUAUUGCAGAACGAGAGGAAAGUCUAAAAAAAUUAAGAACAGAAUUGACGGAUUUAAGCCGCAUGAGAGACAUGAUUUUCGAACUUACUGCAAAGAAAAAAGAAGACUUAAACACAAGCUAAUAUCUACUGGAUAAUUUUUGAGAUACAGCAAUCCUUGGAAAUUAUCAAAAUAAUUUGAUAGCAAUAUAUUCUAUGAAAUAUAUUAUUUGUACCACAUUUUUCUUAUAUAUAAUUUUAACAAAAUUUACAAAAAAUACAUUGCAUUAUAAGUAUUUGUAUGUAUAUCAAGGAACCAGCAACUGGUUGAUUAUAUAUGGUUCUUCUUGUAAAUAUAAGUUUUCUUGUCUAUA